CGUAGGCUUAUAAAAGCUUUCUCGGCGGUGAAAGGAAAAAUAAGUGAAUUCUCACUUCUCAGACACAGAGCACAGAGACAACACCAAAAAUGAUGUUUUUCAGAACUCUAUUAACGUUUAGUUUCCUUAAAUUUCCUCGAUUGUAAGAUCCGAAUGAUUAUUAUGGUGAGACUCAAGGCGAGUCUCUGGCUUCUCGUGUUCUCAAUCGCGCUGUUAAAGGGCUCCUUUGGAUCUGAAUCAAGUAAGGAAGCUUAUGUCACACUUUUAUACGGAGACGAGUUCUUAUUAGGAGUCAGAGUGCUGGGAAAAUCGAUUCGAGACACAGGAUCCGACAAAGAUAUGGUCGCUUUGGUCUCCGACGGCGUCUCAGACUACUCCAAGAAGCUUCUCAAGGCUGAUGGGUGGAAAGUAGAGAAGAUCAGUUUAUUAGCAAAUCCAAACCAAGUUCACCCCACAAGGUUCUGGGGUGUCUACACAAAGCUCAAGAUCUUUAACAUGACUGAUUACAACAAAGUUGUGUAUCUUGAUGCUGAUACUAUUGUGGUAAAGAACAUUGAUGAUCUGUUCAAGUGCUCCAAGUUCUGCGCGAACUUGAAGCACUCCGAGAGAUUGAACUCUGGUGUCAUGGUUGUUGAGCCCUCCCAAGCUCUUUUUAAUGAUAUGAUGCGGAAGGUGAAGACUUUGUCUUCUUAUACCGGAGGAGACCAAGGGUUCUUGAAUUCUUACUAUCCUGAUUUCCAAAAUGCUCGUGUUUUCGAUCCUAGUUUGACCCCUGAAGAGUUGAAGAACAGACCUGCUCCUGAUAUGGAGAGGCUUUCGACGUUGUACAAUGCUGAUGUUGGUCUUUAUAUGCUUGCUAAUAAGUGGAUGGUGGAUGAGAGUAAACUUCAUGUUAUUCACUACACACUAGGCCCUCUUAAGCCUUGGGACUGGUGGACAGCUUGGCUUGUGAAGCCUGUUGAUGCCUGGCAUAGCAUUAGGGUGAAGCUUGAGGAAACUCUUCCUGGAACUGGAGGUGGCAAAAACCAGAAGGAUGAGUUCGUUGUCAAACUCCUGUUCUUGUUACCUCUUUGUGCGCUUUUGUUCUGCGUUUAUAGAUCUAUUCAAGUUAGCACUUCUUUGUUUCUUUCACCUCUUGCUACAUUCUUUCAUCCUUUCUUGAUUUUAAAUUCAUUAUUUUUCUUGCAGGUUCAUGAGGGUUCAUUAUUCAAUCAGAUUAGAUAUCUUUAUUACAGAAUCAGAUCUAGUGGAACACGCGGUGUUUCUACAUUUUCGACCAUGAAUCCCAGCUAUCAACUCCACAAUGGCAGCACUCACUCCAAGGUUCCUCAACACUUAGGCGCGGUUUCAGUUCUAGUCUGUUUUACUGCACUUCUGAUAUCCGUUGGAACUUCCUUUGUGAUUGUGCCGAGGCAAAUCAUGCCAUGGACUGGCUUGGUCUUGGUGUAUGAAUGGACUUUUACAAUCUUCUUUCUUUUGUUUGGUUGCUUCUUGCUUUUGGUGCAUCAACAUGGAAAGAAACUGUCAGUUCAUACAGAUUCAUCCUCCUUGGAUGAUUCUCGAAAAGGUCAUCAGCGAGGAAGUGUGUCUUGUGACGUUACUACAUUGUACUAUGGAUUAGGGAUGAUGUUUCUGGCUAUUGCUGCAGUUUCUUUGCCUUAUAUUUUAGGGAUCACCGCUUUAUUUCUUAGGUUGGGUCUUAUGGUUGGUGUAGCCAUAAUUCUAGCUGCCUUCAUGACCCAUGCUUCAGAGCAACUCGCGGUCAGAUGGUUCUUGAGAGGUCUAGAAGACCGUGGUGAAGCAUCGAGAUCAAAGUCUUUAUGUUUCAUGUGCUGACACAACCAAAAGCAAGACACCGGAGAAAAUGUGUCACCAUUGACCAUUGUAACUUGCAGUAACAAGAGCAUAUGAUCUGAACGUUUGUAGUUCUGUCUUGAGAUUGUUAUAUAGCUUUGUUCUUUCUUUGUCUCCUCUCUUUGUAGACAUUUGUACAGUUUAUAUUUUAAAUACUGAGAGAGUCCAUUUGUGCUCAAACAGUUAAAAAAUUUCACAUAAGAUUCUAUCA